AUGGCGACACUUCCAUCGAGCACGGCGGCCAUCUUCUCACUCAGGGAAGACUACUGCGCUAUGACCAAUAGAAGUCUACUUCUGAUAUCACGUGAUUUGACGAAUGUCAGUAUGGAGACCGAGCAAUAUACAGAUUUUCCUUGUAUCCUCGCGAUUUUCUCAUGUUUUACAUUAUCUGUCAUAUACGUAACGAGUCUUUACAUCUGGAAUUCGCCAUUCGAUAGAGACCAUGCAAGUACAAUAAAAAAGAGGUUUCUCAGUGCCUUCAUCAUGAUGUUUGUCUCGCCUUUAUUCCUCUACUUUGGUAUUAACAGAACAAUUUUGCAAAAGGUGAAUUUCAAAAACUCUUUAACAAAUACCUUUGAUUUAACGAAGCUAAAAUUUCAGGCUACUAUUUGGGAACUUCUUGGCGUAAGAUGGGUUGGCCUUAUCCAAGCCACUGUCAUGCCGCUGCUCUUAACUAUGGUCUUAUUUCUGGGGCCACUUAGUGUACAAGCCUCGAGUGGCUUGUGGCGAUUAUAUGCUGAACCUAUGUACUGGGUGGGCAAUAUGAAAUCGCUAGGUUGGUGGCGGAAUCAAAUUGUUGCACCUUUGUCAGAGGAAUGGACGUUCAGAGCCUGUAUGCUACCUCUACUCCUUCAGUGUUAUAAACCUUCCACGGCUAUAUUCAUAUGCCCAUUGUUUUUUGGAGUAGCACAUUUUCAUCAUGUCAUAGAAAUGACGAGAUCAGGAGCAAAAUUUAAGGAUGCCUUUAUGCUCUGUAGUUUCCAAUUUGUUUACACUACACUGUUCGGGGCAUAUGCAGCAUUUUUGUUUGCUAAAACUGGGCACUAUAUUGCUCCAUUUGCUGCCCAUGCAUUCUGCAAUCAUAUGGGAUUUCCAGAUCUAUCAGAAGUCAUUGCUUGCAAGAAUCCAUUGAAAAGGACGAUACUGUUCUGCUUGUUUUUUGCUGGAGUCAUAGGAUGGUGUUUGUUGUUAACACCUAUGACAAAUCCAACGUUGUUUAGCAACAAAUUGUUUUGGCAUAACUACUACUUUUAAAGUUAAAGAAAUGGACUAGCAAUUUUUGUUUUAUUUUUUCGAGUUUCCAUAUUAUUUUUCCGAUUUUUGUGAGUGUUUAGCUAACAAAAUACUUGAAUGCAGUAGUGUCAUUAUUCUAUAAUUGUCUCAAAGUAGGAUAUUCAGAUUUUUCUGUCUGAAUCUUUUCCUUUUGUACUUUACAAGGAUGAUCAUUAACGAAAAAACUAAUGUCUUCCAUGUCACUAAAAGUAAUAAAAUCUCAAUUGUUAGAUUAACAUUAAACUUAAAUGUAAAGCAUACUUAAAUAAUAUGUUACUUGUUCAACAAAGGUUUUCCGCCUAGAUAUCACGAAUUCAUUAGUAAAAAUAAAUUCAACAUAUUGUAACAAAUAUCCAUGAAGAUGAAUCACCAUAGUGCCUGCAAACGUUUCAAGUUUUUAUACAAAUAUUGUAAAUUAUCUCAUCCGUCAGACGAAGAUUCAUCUAUUGUGCAUAAGGAAGGUUGUCUGGAGUGCCAAUACACUGUAAUGUCUGAUGCUCAGCGAUUCAUGUUAAUAUCGAACCUGUAAUACUUGAAAUUUUUAGACCGAAGAAACUUCCAAAUAGUUUUAAUGUAUGUACUUCUUAAUUCAAAGUAAUAAAUCUUACAACUCUCAAACUCA